AUGCAGCCCACAACGGUCUUCACAUCCCCUUUGUCGGCAUCGUCACGCUUCUACAAGAUUUGCGCCCAAAUUCUCCCACCAUCAUUCUGUCGGCAUCAAUCAUCCUACCGACGAACAAGAUCUAGGCUCAACAUCAAACCCGAUCCCUCUUUCCUCCCAUCGAAAACUGAGCAACAUGACCAUAUCAUCUUCAAUCCUCCUCCGAGCAUGCCCAGUGUUUACCACACUCCCAACAUCUUCCUCCCGAAGAAUGACCGACGAAAAGUCUCACCCGACCCCGAAACCCGUACGCUACAAGUGGAGGUCGCUCAGCAGAUGCCUGCCGCGAAACGCCCAUACGAGAAGAAAUAUCAUUUGACAGAAAAAGACGUGGAGGAAAUGAGGGCGUUGAGAAUAGCCGACCCAACCCAAUGGACCAUCAAUCGCUUGGCGAAGAAAUUCGACUGCUCUCCCGUGUUUGCCAUGUAUGUGUCUCAAGGACUGGCCAAGGAGAAGGGGGAACAGCAGAAAUUGGUGGGCCAAAUCGUCAAAUCGAGAUGGGGUACAAAGCGAAGAGAGGCACGUGAGGACCGUGAACUACGAACAGAACGUUGGAAUCGAGAUGAAUGA